UGCAUGAAAACUCAACCUCAUUGGUGAAUCAUUUUCCAUUACAAAAAAUUCUUUGUACUCAUUCAUCUCUCUCUCUCUCUCUCUCUCUCUCUCCUUCUUUUUCACUUCCACUUUCUCUCUCCUCUUUGUGCCUGCUUUUGCUUCAUAUUAUACCGACAUGGCUCCAAUCUAAUGGGGUUUUACUAUUUCUGCUUCUACAACUCAAUCUCACAUGUUGCUUCUGUUUCAAGACCUUUAUGCUGAAGACUGAAUAGAGAAAUCUUCUGAGAAAUAAUCUUUGGAUAAUUUGGAGAAUGGCUAUGCAAACUGUUUAUCUGAAAGAACAUGAAGGAAUUGCACACAAUUUUGUGGGGCAAUUGUCAUCUGGUGGUACUAAUAAUUCAUCAACAGUACCAUGGUGGAGUGGUUUUGGAUCUCAAUCAGUCUAUGGAGAGUCUGGUGGCCAAAUAAAAUCCUUUUCAUUGGAGCCACCUAUCUCUGCUGUUGACCAACUUGCUGCAAGUAAGCAAUCUAUGUUGGGGAAAGGGCUAACUAAUCACUUUACCAUCUUUCCAGAUGAUUUUAAAAUGUCAGGUGAUGCACAAAAGCCUCAUACAGCCAUAUCACUGCAGUCAUCACUCCCUGAUACUCCACCUCGUUUCGAGCUAGGAUUUAAUCAACCUAUGAUCUGUACAAAAUAUCCUUAUGCAGAUCAAUUUUAUGGACUCAUCUCAACUUAUGGACCACAAAUUCCGGGGCGUGUAAUGCUGCCACUUAACAUGACAUCUGAUGAUGGACCGAUUUAUGUAAAUGCUAAGCAGUACCAUGGAAUCAUUAGACGUCGGCAGUCCCGCGCCAAAGCUGUACUUGGCCAGAAAUUGAUUAAACGCCGUAAGCCCUACAUGCAUGAGUCACGCCAUCUCCAUGCAUUGCGGCGACCAAGAGGAUGCGGUGGUCGCUUCUUGAACACAAAGAAAUCUGCUAGUGGAGAUGAUAAAGCGGGAAGUAAAGUGCAUAAAUUUGGCGGUCAACAAUUGCAGUGCAGCGGCUCUCAGAGUUCUGAACUCCUUGAAUCUGAUGUUGGAGCUUUAAAUUCCUCAAAAGAAACUAACGGAAGCAGUCCGAAUAUUUCUGGGUCCGAGGUGACUAGUUUCUAUUCAAGCGGAAAUCUUGAUGGCUUCAACAUCAAUAAUCUUGUAUCUAAUGUCCACUCGUCGGCAAACAUGAUCGAUCGUGGGCAUCGCAUUAUCAUGCCCACCAAAUGGGUUACAGCAGCUGGCAACUGCUGUAACCUUAAAGCUUGAUUCUGAAAAGAAUCGAGUGGGUUUGGUGCAAUAUUGUACCAAACUCCGUCCUUGAUAAGACCAGACGAUUAUAGGAUCGUCCUGACGUCUGGUCUUAAGGCAAUCCAUCCUUGGCUCAAUCUUUGGCAAUCCAUCCUUGGCUCAUAU